AUGGCAAUGCUCACUGACAAUGCCGACUACGAUGCCUCAAAAAAUCUGGGAAUGUACCACGUCCACGGUCCAACUCUGGAAAUUAUCAUGUAUACUAGGUGCGCUCCUCUAGGUCCUUCUACCAAUCUGGCCUAG